GAAUCCGGCGUCCAUCUCUAGCCAAACAGCUGCAGUCGCAACACCGAGAAAAGCGAGAAAAGAAAUCCGAAAACUUUCGCAAAAUGAGCCUACAAAAUGUCUGCCGCAAGGGUAACGCCUUUAACCUGUUGAACGUUUCCAGGAAAGUUCAAUGCCGCACUUUAUCGGCCGCUGUGGCGAAUCCCCAACCCAAACAGAGAAACGGACAGAACAUAGUCUUGGUCGAUGGAGUUCGUACACCUUUCCUGACCUCAGGAACCUCCUACUCCAAGUUGAUGCCCCAUGAACUGGCCAGGCACUCGCUUUUGUCGUUGCUGCAAAAGAACCGCUUGGACAAGGAGCUCAUUGACUAUAUUGUCUAUGGCAGCGUUAUCCAGGAGGUCAAGACCUCCAACAUUGCCAGGGAGGCAGCCUUGGCGGCUGGUUUCAGCAACAAGACACCCGCCCACACCGUCACCAUGGCGUGCAUCAGUUCCAAUGCGGCCAUCACCACGGGAAUGGGUCUCAUUGCCACCAAUACAUACGAUGUCAUCGUGGCCGGCGGCGUGGAGUUCAUGUCGGAUGUGCCCAUCCGUCACUCCCGCAAGAUGCGCUCCUUGCUCUUGAGAGCCAACAAGGCUAAGACCCUGGGUCAGCGAUUGUCCCUGCUUGCCACCUUCAGACCUGAUUUCCUGGCCCCCGAACUGCCCGCCGUUGCAGAGUUCUCCUCCGGUGAGACCAUGGGUCACUCGGCCGAUCGCCUAGCCUCCGCAUUUAACGUUUCCCGCAGCGAACAGGAUGAGUACGCCCUGCGCUCCCACACUCUGGCCAAGGAGGCUCAAGAGAAGGGUUACUUCACCGACCUGGUGCCGUUCAAGGUCUCUGGCGUGGACCAGAUCGUGGACAAGGACAACGGCAUCCGUGUGUCCAGCCCCGAGAGCCUGGCCAAGCUGAGACCCGCCUUUGUGAAGCCCUACGGCACUGUGACUGCAGCUAACGCCUCCUUCUUGACGGACGGCGCAUCCGCUUGUCUGAUCAUGACAGAGGAGAAAGCAAAGCAGUUGGGUCUGAAACCCAAGGCAUAUCUGCGCGACUUCCUGUACGUUUCCCAGGAUCCCGUCAACCAGCUGUUGCUGGGACCUGCCUACGGAAUUCCCAAGCUACUUAAGAAGUCUGGGCUCAGCCUGAAGGAUAUCGACUCCUGGGAGAUCCACGAGGCCUUUGCUGGACAGAUCGUUGCCAAUCUGAAGGCCCUGGACUCCGACUGGUUCUGCAAGACAUACUUGGGUCUGAACGAGAAGGUCGGCAGCCCCGAUCUGUCCAAGUGGAACAACUGGGGCGGCUCCCUGUCCAUUGGCCACCCUUUCGCGGCCACCGGCGUCCGCCUCUGCAUGCACACGGCCAACCGCCUGGUUCGCGAGGACGGCAAACUGGGAGUGGUCGCCGCCUGUGCAGCCGGAGGACAGGGCGUGGCUAUGCUCAUCGAGCGCUAUCCGGGCGCCACAGCCGACUGAAAACACAAUUGAAUCGACAAGGAGGAGAGUGCAGUUUGACUGCCAGAUUGCUAGCUUUUAUACACUUUACAACUAUGCCUAUACGAAUAAAGAAAUCUGAAUUUUA